GUACGUCAUCACGUCGUUGGAACCUCAGCUGUCAGACUUUGGCCGCCCUGAAAAGUGCAGGUUUUUUGUUAGCAAACUUGUUCGAAGUGUGCAGACCGCGCUGUCGUCGAUCCGAACCGUGCAUUUUGUCGCCGAUCGCCCCGCGAAGCCGUUGGAAGCGUCCAGAGCGCACGAAGACGAGCCGUUGGUGCGGUAAUCGCUGCUGGGGUUUUUGCACGGACGGCCAGCCUGCGAUCCUGAGCGGGUGUUCGGCUUCGAUGCAGGGAGGGAGGGAGUAGAAAAAGGCAGAAAGUCUUUGUGCUUCCCUUCCCCCUCAUCAAAGCAAAGGGGAAAUGUCUCUAUCCAAAGGAGGGAAGAAGAAGACCGCACGGCUGAGGCUGGCCAAAGAAGUGUUUGCACAGCCCGCACCCGCAGUAGCAGCGCCCCCCCGGGAUCUGGACUCGAAAGCGUGCGUCACAAUCGGAGACAAGAACUUUGUGGUGAAGGCGGAUGACUUGGAGGAGAUUUCAGAACUGGGGAGGGGAGCGUAUGGCGUGGUGCACCAGAUGAGACACGUGCCCAGCGGUGUCAUCAUGGCCGUCAAGAGGAUCCGAGCCACCGUAAACACGCUGGAGCAGAAGAGGCUCCUGAUGGACCUGGACAUCUCCAUGAGGACGGUGGACUGCUUCUUCACCGUCACUUUCUACGGCGCCCUCUUCAGAGAGGGGGAUGUUUGGAUCUGCAUGGAGUUGAUGGACACCUCGUUGGAUAAGUUCUACAAGAAGGUGAUUGAGAAAGGGAAAACCAUCCCUGAGGACAUCCUGGGCAAGAUCACAGUAGCUAUCGUAAAGGCAUUAGAGCACCUGCACAGGAACCUGUCGGUCAUACACAGAGAUGUGAAGCCCUCCAACGUUCUGAUCAACACAGAGGGCCAGGUGAAAAUGUGCGACUUCGGCAUCAGCGGCCACCUGGUGGACUCUGUAGCCAAGACCAUGGAUGCCGGCUGCAAACCCUACAUGGCGCCUGAGCGCAUCAACCCUGACCUAAACCAGAAGGGCUACAGUGUCAAGUCAGACAUAUGGAGUCUGGGUAUCACAAUGAUCGAGCUGGCCAUUCUGAAGUUCCCCUACGACUCGUGGGGUACGCCCUUCCAGCAGCUCAAGCAGGUGGUGGACGAGCCCUCCCCACAGCUGCCCGCGGACCGCUUCUCACCAGACUUUGUAGACUUCAUCUCCCAGUGUUUAAGAAAGAAGCCCAAUGAGAGACCAGCUUAUACAGAAUUAAUGAAACAUCCCUUUUUCACCUUGCAUGACUCCAAAGAGACAGACGUGGCCAGCUUCGUCAAGGUCGUCCUGGACGACUGAUCCCGCGUCGGCGCCGCUUCUCACUCUGUCAACGCACCGAUGAUGGCCUACUGUUUGUUUGUUUUUUUAGAGGGAAAAGAAAGAAAUGAAAUGACGGACUCUCGUGCAGGAAGAGAGAAGAGAGAUGCAAACAUUAACUGGAGAGGUUUGACCCCGAAACUCGCUCAAUGAACUUUUCUUUUUUGGCUUUUAUUUUCCCCGCUUCUUUACAGAGACGGACCUUUUUAUUUUAUUUUUUCUUUCGACACGUUUAUUACAAUUUUAGUGUCGUCACGGCGUUUUGAUACUGUAUAUUGUCGACGUGUGUGUGCGCGUGUGCGUGUGAGAAUCUUGCCGUUAUUGCAUCAUGACGCCAGUUUUAACCCUCUCCUUGGGUCGCUCGAUGUUGUCAAGAGGUCAUGCUGGGGAAAGGGGAGGAGCUACAAAUUGUCAAUCAAAUCAGAAAACACUAAUAUGAUUU